CCCCAGCCCAAAUGGCUCCCCCUUCACCGACGCACAAUGGGCCAUCCUCAUGUCCCUAAUGGACGCCGCCGUCCCGCGCAUCGUGCGCGCAUCCGCCGCCACUGAAGGGUCCCUCGACUACACCGUCUCGGACGCGGAGUACGCGUUUCUCUCAACACAGGCGGGCGCGAGCGCUCAGGCUAAAGAUACGGAAACGCUGGAUGCGUAUCUGGCGGAGCGGCCGAGUGAUAGCGCGGAGUUCCAGGAUUUGCUGAUGAGGCAGCUUGUGUAUUACGCGACGGAGGAGCAGGUUAAGGGAUUGAAAUUCGUGCUGGCGGCGCUGGGUACGCGACCAGGCGCACUGUUAUUGACAGGCUAUACUCGAACGCUGGACACAUUGGAUGCGCAGGCGCGCUCGGGGGUGCUGAAGGGCUGGCGAACGCACUAUCUGUCGCCGAUACGAGUGCUGGGUAGCUCCAUAACCUCCCUGGCUAAGAUCAACUACCUGCGCACAUCUAAGUUAUUUCCGGCUCUCACGGGCUACAGCGCCACACCGACGGGCUACGAACCUGGCCCAACGUUCGACUAUAAGUUCCUGAAGUUCGAGGCGGCCGCUGAGCCAGCGACGCUUGAGUUCGAUGUUGUCAUUGUCGGCUCUGGUGUCGGCGGAGGCGUGUCGGCGAAGAAUCUCGCGGAGGCAGGAUUUUCAGUCCUCGUCGUCGAUAAAGCGUACUACCACCCCCCUGACCGCCUCCCCAUGAACGAAGCAGCGGGGUACACGCACCUCUUUGAGAACGGCGGCUUCGACGCCAGCUACGACGCCUCCCUCACCUUCAUCGCCGGCGCCAACUGGGGCGGCGGCGGCUCCAUCAACUGGUCUGCAUCGCUUCAGCCGCAGUCAUACGUCCGUCAAGAGUGGUCCCGGGACCGCAAGCUGCCGCUGUUCGAAACCACGGAGUUCCAGGACGCGCUCGAUAGGGUGUGUGAUCGCAUGGGCGUUAGCACGGAGAAUAUCGAACAUAGCCAUGGUAAUAGGGUCCUGCUGGAGGGCGCGAGGAAGUUGGGGUAUGAGGCGAAAGCGGUGCCUCAGAAUACGGGGGGACACAAACAUUCGUGUGGGCGCUGUGGGAUGGGUUGCGGGGCGGCGGAGAAGCAGGGACCGAAUGUGUGUUGGUUGCCUGAUGCGGCAAGGGCGGGGGCGCAGUUCAUGGAGGGGUACCAGGUUGAGCGAGUCUUGUUUGAGACGAGGGGUGGGAAUAAGACGGCGGUGGGUGUUAAGGGGGUGUGGACGAAGGAUGGUGUGGAGAGGGAGGUUGUUGUAAAGGCGCAGCGCGUCAUUGUGUCUGCUGGAUCUCUGAAUUCUCCUGUCCUGCUCCUGAAUAGCGGUCUGAAGGUAUGUUAUAUCCCGCUCCUAACCCGAUCCACAACUAACCUCGCAGAACACACACAUCGGCCGAAACCUCUACAUGCACCCCGCCAACAUGGUCUCAGCCUUCUUCCCCGAAGACGUUCGCCCCUGGGAAGGCGCAAUCCUAACCACAGUCUGCACCUCCUUCGAGAACCUCGACGGCCACGGCCAUGGCGCCAAAAUGGAAGCAACCUGCAUGAUCCCCACCCUCUCCCUCUCCCAAAUGAACUGGACCUCCGGCUCCGACUGGAAGCUCCUCGCCGCCAAAUACCGGCACAUGAACACCUACGCCAGCUUUGCGCGCGACCGCGACCCCGGCCGCAUCCUCGCCAACCCAAAGCGCGUAGAAUACACCCCCUCCGCCUUCGACCGCCGCCACACCCUCAUAGGCCUCCUGGAGAUGAUGAAGAUCCUCCUCGUCGGCGGCGCGGCGGAGAUUCAUCCCCACCUCUCUGGCGCACCGCCUUUCAUCGUCGAUCCCUCUGCGGGGCGCUCGCCUGCUAACCCAGAGUUCAAGGAGUGGCUGCGGAAGGUUGAGGCGGUGGGGAAUGCGCCGCCGGGGUUGUCGUGCGGGAGUGCGCAUCAGAUGGGGUCGUGUCGGAUGAGCGCGACGGAGGGGAUGGGGGUUGUGGAUCCGGAGGGGAGGGUGUGGGAGACGAGGGGGUUGUAUGUUGCGGAUGCGAGUGUGUUUCCGUCGGCGAGUGGGGUUAAUCCCAUGGUGACGAAUUUGGCGAUUAGUGAUGUGAUUAGUAGGCGUGUGGCGGCGGGGUUGAAGAAGGAGAGAGGAGAGAGGUUGUGAGUGGCUGGGGAGUGGUGGAGUCGAGAUUUUGAGGUGAGUUGUGUACGGAGAUGGUGCUAGAUACCGGAGGAUGCUCAUCACAUCUCAGUUUCUGUUGUUCCUUUUCUGUUAGCGAUUAGUUUUAACGUUGUAACGGCGGUCACUACUGUAAGUAGGAAUGAAUUACGAUGAAAACAACCUUGUUUAAAGAGAUUGUCACCUGAGCCAAAAGAAAGCGGUCUGGUCUGAAGCCAAUACGCAACGGGUCUGCCAAUAAACCGUUCGAUAUAUAGGGAAUAUAACCUCCACCACCCCGGAAUCACGAUGAGCGAUUUUGGCGCUGCCUCAGGCCGCAACUACCCCUGCACCCACCCUUCCGAAUUGGGCCGUAGCCCCCACGGUCGCAACGUCGGUGCCACCUCAACCGUGGCUUCAGCGAUUCUGCUCGGUAGCAGCGACUGUAUGUAGCCCAACCCUAGCACUUGUUUUAUA